AUGACGGACUAUGUGCGCCGAAGAAAUACUGUAGAAGAUAAAAGGGAACAACUUGAAAACAACUUUGCCUACGAGGACAAAACCGGACACGUGGCAUCUGUGAAAUACGAAGGUUUGACAUUAGGCCAUUGUUUGCUUGUGCUUGUGUUUCAUGUGCUAAUUUUCUCCUUGGCUGUGUACGCACAUCAUUAUGUCCCAGAGACGAAAGUCAAUGCGAAUAAAGGUGAUUUUGCUGAGUGGAGGGCCCGUAAACACUUGGACGAAAUCACUUCAUACGGGGAUAGGCCAACAGGAAGCUUUGCAAAUGAACACAAGACCGUGGAAUAUCUUCUAACCACGCUUUGGGCCUUUCAGGAAGCCAAGCGCGAUGACAUAAUACUUGACAUUGAUCUUCAAAGGCCAUCCGGACGUUUUUCUAUGGAUUUUUUAGAGGGUUUGACAAGUUACUAUAAGAAUGUGUCCAAUGUCGUGGCUAGGAUAUCGUCAAAAAAGACAUACCCUGCAAAGCAUAGUAUUUUAGUCAAUGCACAUUUUGAUUCAACUUUUGGUGGACCUGGUGCAAGUGAUGAUGUAGUCAGUUGUGCAACAAUGCUCGAGGUAAUCAGGUGUCUGACUGAGUCCAAUGCACAUGUUGAGUUAAAUCAUAGUCUGGUUUUCUUAUUCAAUGGUGCCGAGGAAAAUUUUCUUCAGGCGAGUCAUGGUUUUAUUACCCAGCAUCGUUGGGCAAAGGACAUCCGGGUGUUUGUCAACCUGGAGGCAGCAGGUGCAGGUAAGUCAAGGCAUAGCCAAGCGGGCAAAAUGAUGCAUUGAGUAUUUCAUCCAUGUUACACACUCAGUCGAAAACUUCCUUCAUCAGGCCUUAAACUAUCUGUCGGUCACAGACAUUGUCUGACCCAUUCGUCAAAUUGUCUGAUGUAGAGAGGAAACCGCCGGACAUUCUGUCCGACCUGAGUAAAACUGAGGUUUAUUCUUUGUCCGACCCAAAUGUAUUGGUGUCCGACCGAACUGUAGCUGUGUCUGACGCUUGCUCUAUGCACAUAAAUCAAAAUGUACCCUAGUCCAGGACUAGAGGCUUGUAUGUUAUAAAUGGAGAACCAGUGAGAGUAUUGUAUAAAAAUGAACCGGAAAUGUUGUUUUUAAUAAAGUCAUCAAACACGGAGAGGGGGCGGAAUACUGAAGUCAUACUGCUAUUAUUGGCAAGCAAGUUAAUCUUGGCUUGGAAUUAAUAAGUAUGAAUGACACAAAUUAUUCAAUAUCUUUGCAAUAUUUAGUUCAGAAUUAAUACAUUGUGCUGAUAUUAAUUUGUGUCAUUCAGACUUAUUUCCGAGCCAAACUGAACUGAAGGUCAUCGGACAUCAUCAUACAUAUGUCUGACCCAUUAACUAAAAGUCAUCGGACAUUUUGUCAGACGGCACUGAUUGACAGAAAUUUUCUUCAAGAAAAUUUGCAUGGGAAUUGGUUAAGGUAAUGAUUCCUACCCUGAGAACAAUUUGAAUAAUACUUACAGUAGGUUACAAAUCUAGGCUACCAACAAAGUUGGAUGCCUCUCUGUCCCCUCCCCUGAGUUAAUAUCCACCCCCCAAGUCAAAGUCUCUUUAUUGCGUAUUUUUCCCUGCCCCGUACUCAGUUGUCAAUUAUUAUUUAGGCCACAUAAAAAAAUAGUUGGUUAGCAUCCUUAGCUUUUGCCAAAAGUGGGCGGGCAUUUUUGCAUGCUUUAUAUUCUUUCUAUUUUAAACACAAUUGACUACAGAAAUACUACAUAUAUUAGAGCCUGUUGGUCAAUAAAAGUUGUUUUUUUCCAAAAUAAAAAAUAAAAAAAUCCUGAGCAGGACUUUUUUGUGGGCUGGCGAGGACGCUAACCAACUAAUUUUUUUAUGUGGCCUUUUGAGAUGUACCACAGAAUACCAGUGCAGAGGUAAGUAAGCAACAGUUUAUCAAAUUGUACCAGGAUUUGGUGUGUCAUGUUGUAUGAUAAUACUGUGGGAUAUUGCUAACUUAAUUUAGUGAAAGUUAACACCAAAAUCAGUAAAGAAUACCAGUGGUAUAACCAAAGAAUACCAGGUUUAUCAAUAAUUUUGAAAAAUUCAGUUUUGAAAAAUUCAAUGGUAAAAUUGAUUACACUAUGUGAUUCCAGUGUACAUAGUAAUAAUGUUGUGUUGCAUAGACAAAGUAUUGAUCAACAUAAAUUAUGCCGGUUUGCGAACUUAUUUUUAAACAUUUGGAUUUUACAGGCAUUAUGCGAAAAAAAAGUACCAAAAAUACAGAAUGUUACUUCUUGUUAAUCCUGAUUAGUUUUAAGAAUUUUUAAGAAAAUAUACAUUUUUGUUUUUUUUAUGUCAGUUAAGACUAAAACUAAUAUAUAAUCACAGAAAUAAAGUUUAUAGGAUAUUCCCUUCAAAUUUUAUAUAAGAAAUAAGUAAGACUGGUAUUCUGUGUUACCGUGGUAUUCUGUGGUACAUACACCUGUAAGGAACGGAUAACUAGAUUAGCGAUACAGAAAUAUGGGGUUGGCGGUUAAGCAGACAGCUUCAAUAAAAUCAUCCUGGAUUCCUGGUUGCAUGGCUGAGUAAGAUAGAGUCAGUUGGGAAAAACUGGAGUCAGCGAGUAUUUUUUGUUGGGCCUAAUCCUGAUUAUAAGCUCAUAUUUUCGUACCUUGCAGGAGGAAGAGAACUGGUAUUCCAAACUGGACCAGAACAUCCGUGGUUGAUCAAGAUAUACGCCAACUCAGCCAACUACCCAUAUGCUUCCAUUGUUGGUCAAGAGUUUUUUCAAACAGGUUUAAUUCCUGCUGAAACUGACUUCAGAAUUUUUCGUGAUUAUGGCAAUAUUCCAGGUAAUACAAGCCACAUAUUGUACUUGUAAAUUACGUCAUGUUUUAAAGUAAUGAUAAUAAUAUUAAACAGUUAUUGGAUGAGGUUUUUGUGAUAUCCAGAUUGAUAACACUUACGGAGACCUUGAUAAUUCGGGAUGUCUCAAGAACCGAACUCGACAACUGUUCAAUAACACGCUUGUGAUGUUACUCUGAGUGUAUAUCCACACCGGGCAGGCUUGAAAAAUAUGCCUGGCCACGGUGGGAAUCGAACCUACGACCUUUGGAAUACUAGCCCAAUGCUCUGCCAACUGAGCUAUGCGGUCAGGUCGGUUCGAGUAUGUGAUAUUUUUAGGAACUGAGUCUAGUUCCUUCGAUAUCAACGUAAUCUGGUAAUCAUUAUAUUUCUGUGUUGGUGUAAUGUACUCAGGUGAAUAAGAGGCUUGUGAUGUUACUCUGAGUGUAACAUCACAAGCAUCUUAUCCACCUGAGUACAUUGCACCAACACAGAAAAUAUCAUGUUCUAUAACACAUUACAUUUUCAUUAAUAAAGCCGCGGUCAAGCGAGGAUGAGAGUUGACUGCAUGCGUGGGUAGCGAAAACUCUCAUCAAAAUUUGAACCAGCGAGUGUUGCAACUCUUCUCAACUCACAUCAACUCUCGUCCCCGUUUGACCAGGGUAUUUAACAAAUAGAUAGGAUUUUGCCGUUGUCUACUUGUCUGUUCAGUUCUUGGCUCGUGAGUCACUUUUUGUUCUUCGCGCAUUAUCAUGCUUACUUUUUAUGCACCCAAACAUUUGGAAAUUUGAAAAAGUUGAAAUUUUGCAAAUAUCACGCGUGCGUGAUCUACACAAAUAAGGGAAUGCUAUUGGAUAAGGUUUCGUGUGACGUACAGUAAUUCUGUGCGUCUGUCCUCUAAUAGAUCAUGGCUGCGAAAGCGAUUGAAUUCUUAACGUUAUUAUAUAAAACUCUUUCGACAAACAAUGAUUUGUCGCACAAAACAACGUGGACUUUGGUUCACAAAAAAGGAGUGAAAACGAUUUAAAACAUCACUACAAUAACAGCAUAAAAAUAUUAAAAAUCUCAUUUAUCUACUAAAGUUCCGAUAAAAUGUCUGCUUUUUGCACAAUUAAAAUUCACGAAAAUCGGAAAAUGUAAUGCUUUCUUGCUUUUGUUCGUGUAUUUAAAACUGCCACUUGCUAAGUAUUGAAUUACAUACUGCGGGCUCAACCUACACAUUAGUCCGUUAGUUGCUGUAAGCUAUUGGCCAAUCAGAAGAUACGUAUAGUGACUACAAUGUAUAAUAAUAUAACUUAAAUACCAUGAGUAGACGCGGGUAAUAAUUUUUUAGCGACUGCAAUGCAGUAGUUGUAAAGUUGUUGCAUUGCCGUCGCGAGAGGGACAUGCCAUAGAAAAAUAGAUAUCUAUUAUUUCUAUGGGACAUGCUCGUGUAUUAUAUGCUCUGCAACGGCAGCGCAAAGCUUCCCCCAAUUAUUCCUAAUCACAAAUAGUAGAAAACACAUCACAAUGAAAGCAACCUUAAGUGGAAGCAAAAAAGGUGUCGCAGCACCCGCAGCCUAAAAAUGCCUACAGUGAAAUUUGCGUUGGGUGGAUUGGCAUAAAUUUGAUAUUGAGACCCUCUCGUUAGGCAAUGCGUUCAUCAAUUGCCCCAAAUACCUUGCAUACAACCGCGGCUCAAUACCGACAAUGAAGUUUGACAAUAAAUCAACAUGCUACUCAUCAUCAUCAAUUUGACAAUCAACAUGCUACCCUCGUAUUAUAGCUACUUGUAGAAGCAUGCAUAUUAAAUACAUUUUAGUUUUUCAAAUAAGUGCCUAAAUGUUUUGGUUCCAGUAUAUCUAAGUGAUUAUUUUGUUAACAGUAGAUUAAAAAAUAUCGAGAUGAAGAUAUAAAGAGAUCAUAUCGUUUAUCAUGUUAGUAAUUAUUAAACCUUUCCAAAAAAACCUUUGCUUUCUCGUACACAGAGUCCUUGUUUUGAAUCCGUUUUUUUCUAUUUCGAGUCCGGGUUUUCAAGAGUCAAGUCCGGGUUUUUUUAAACACGGGUCCGGAUUUUUUUCGAGUCCGGGUCCGGGUUUUCCUCGAGUCCUUAUUUUCUUCGAGUCCGAGUCCGGUCCGGGUUUCGAAGUAUGCCUAAUUUUUGGGCAACGUUUGCAGAAAAUUGAGAGGUGUAAUCAAGGUUGUUGAUUGAUACGUUUCUUGACCGGAAAUCACAUGAACUGAAGCAAAUUUUAAAAAAUGCUAACCGUUCAAUUUAGCAAGAAUUGCGCUCGUACAGUAAAUCGUAAUCCUGUGGAAAUGAACUAAGUACACAAACACUACGUUGAAACCUGUCUCCGGUAUUUGGUUUAUUUGAAAUUUAAGAAAACUGACUUGGUUUGCGAACGCAGUGCCAAAAUCCGCUGGUCACUAUACUAUACGUGAUAUAUACAGUUUAUUUCACUGAUGAAAAUCAUGCAGGCUAACCGAAAUGAUUCCCCACAAUACAGCACAACAAUUACGUUUGUUUUCGUUACUAAAUAAUAGUUGUGUGUAUAGGUAUUGACAUUGCUUAUGUUUCAAACGGCUAUGUAUACCACACCACACGUGAUCUUCCUGAGGCCAUCACACCGGGGAGUGUUCAACGUGCUGGAGAAAACCUCUUGGGAAUGCUUAUACGCUUAUCUCAAUCACCUCUUGUGGCUGACCCCAGUGCUGACCAACAUGGUGCAAUGGUGUUCUAUGAUUUCUUGGGGUUAUAUUUGGUACUGUAUCCUCAACGUAUUGGCUGGAUCUUGAAUAGCCUCGUCGCAGCCGUAACGUUUGUUUGUAUUGUGCUAAAGUUUUCGAAGAAAUCGGUUAAAGAUACUUAUGCCAAUGGUAAAGGUAAGCAAAUACGAUCAGUAAAUAAUGAGCAAGACGUAAUGUGACUAAUAAUUAAACAGGCAACGGGCCUAAGUGAAACUGGGGUUUAUUGUUUAUCCGACCCGAGUGUAUUGGUGUCCUACCAAACUGUAGGUUUGUCCGACGUAAAUCAAAAUGUGCCCUAGUCCAGGACUAGAGGCCCGUAUGCUAAUUGGAGAAUCAUAUAGUAAUGUAUGAAAGGUGAACUGGAAAUGUUGUUUUAAUGUAAUUGAGCGCUGGGUGGCGCGAGCAAAAUGGUGAAGUGGAAAAUGGGUUUAAGUUGUCGAAGUCGUACUGCUGUUAUAGACAAGCAAGGUAGUUUAGGCUUGGCAACAAAUAAGAAUGACUUUAAUAUCUUUACAACAUUUACCUUUCGGAAUUAAUACAUUGUGCUGAUAUUAAUUUGUGUCAUUCAGAAUUAUUUCCGAGCCAAACUGAAUUGAAGGUCAUCGGACAUCAUCAUACAUAUGUCCGACCCAAACUGCAAGUCAUCGGACAUUUUGUCAGACGGUCCUGUAAAAGAUAUUUUAAGGCCUGAUUUUCCAAUGCCCGUCUGCAAUAAAAUAUAAAAGCUGAAUAUUUUUUUAUUUCAUUUAGGAGUUACCAGAAAUAGUUCGAAUGGAGUCUUGUACGUGACAUCAUUUAUCAAAGCUCUUUUCUACAUUCUCCUAUCGUGGUUAUUGUCUCUCCUGUUUGUAUUUCUUAUUGCUAAAGUGAUUACUGCAAGUGGUCAGUCAUUGUCAUGGUACUGCAAACCUUAUGUACUUGUUGGUAUAUACGUACUGCCAGGGGUGUUAGUCAUAUCUGGAAUACACUAUUGGCAAGCUACUCAUUUUAAGGUAUUCACAUUUUAACAACACAGCAGAGCCAGAAAUAGCGGUCGGGCAUCCGACAUUUUCCAAAUAAAUGCCAAAUUGGUCGUACCUUUUGUCCGCACAAAAAAUAGCAAACAGUUUUCUUAAAAGAAUAGGUUAACCAUUAUAGAGGUGGGCAAAUCCGAUCCGAUCGGAUUCGUUCGGAUUUCGGAACAAAAAUAUUCAUAUCGGAUUGAUAAAGUUGUUUCUUGUUUCGUAAUCGGAUCGGACCUCGAUAUUCGAAAUAAAAUGAAUUAAUUAUCCACGACAACGCGGUUGUCGCUGCAUUAUUCGUUUGAUAAUUCAAUUAGACGUCACUUCGUCAGCUUCUUGACAUGUAUUUCUUGCUUUUAUAUUUAUUUGGUUAAACAUUUCCACUUGAAUGAGAAAUUUAUUUUAUUAAAGGUUUCAUCGGAUCGGAAUUCUUUAUCAAAACUCAGAUCGGAUUCGGAUUAGACAAUUUCGGGUCGGAUUCGGAUUUUAAACAUUAGCCAAUUGUCUGAUUAUAAAUGUCCAAUCCGAUCCGGUGCACACCUCUAUUAACCAUGGCCUACGGCUGAUCAUAUGUACAGCAUUUUGACACUACAAUAGAGUGUUUGAUUUUGACGUAAUUUACCCGGAAGACAUAACUGUCUUCUGCAUCUCUGUCAAUGAGUGCAUGCUGGGAAUCAAAAUGAAAUUGGAAAAAAUGUCCGACCGCAUUUGAAAGUUUCCGAUCAAAUUUAAUUUUGGUUGGACUUUCUUCCGGUCUAUUUUUGAACGUUAUUUCAAGCUCUGCAUGGACUCAAACGAAAGUUUUAUUUUUGUAGUAGUUACAGUAAAUGUGAGUAUAGGACCGGUGUAAGAGCAUGGUUUCAAAUAUAAUUUUCAAAAUCUUGCAUGAGUGAGUGUUACAAAGUUGCAUGCGUUCGAAGAAUAAGUGCAAUUUGAGGGCUUUGAAUGAUCAACGGUGAAUGGUUUUGUUUCGAUUUGAAAAGUUGAUAUCCUUAGCUCCUAUAUUGAUUAUUCAUUCACUUAGUGAACGGUCGCACUCAAACCUUGACCAAAGGUAAUAGAUGUCUCGAUGAACAACUUCCUACAAGACCUGUGGUCAGGGAGCAGGUCUCCCAAAACACAAGUUUCGUUCAACACACUCCACAGAAAAGGUUUGAUACUUGAAUAUGGUAGAGAAAGACCUGCUGAUCAAUGUCAGAUAGUUCGUAGGGUCGAAAUGUGGUAUACUGGCUGGAUCCAUCCCUGCUUAUAAUAUUAAAAAAGUGGAACUCUGUACACAGGCAAUCCCAGAGUUAAUGACGCCAUAUCUGUCGUGAUCUACUUGAUCUACUGCAUGUGAGACUUUUAUACAUUUUUUUGGUCUUGGUGAAUCUUGGUGAAAAAAGGCGUAUAUUAUCUAGAUAGAGCAAUUGGUCAUCCGUGACUUCUCUUUGUUGUCCUCGUCUCAACAAUUUUCCAGUGAAAAACUGAAAAAGUCACCCCAAUAUGGUCGUUUCAAAUAAUAUUUAUAUCCAGUUGUUUAAAUUAAAUUAAAAUAAAUUAAACUAACUAGAAGAAGAGUUGGAUGGUGUAUCUUUCAAGCGCAAAAGGAGAAUAAAUUUGAUUAACUGUGAACCCAAUUUAACCUUGUAGCGAUUGUGAAUGCAACAGAUUUAAUAAUCUCUUUUCUUAAAUAUUGUGACUUUCUGCAAAAACUAUUUUCCAUAUUUGGAAAUAAGAUUAAAUUGAUGUAAGAAGCUCCAUCGACUUUUUAUAGAUCAAGUAUUAAACGACUUUUUCAGUUAUUAAUUUUUUUUUUCAUUGUCGCUAACUGUUUAGAAAACUUCCAGCUGGCCGGAAAGAUGGAGUCAAGAAGCUCACAUGUUUUACGCAACCUUAUUCUUAUGGAACACAUUACUAUCAAUCAUGAACUAUUAUAAUAUAGGUUCAGCGUAUCUGUUUAUGCUGAUGGUAGCGUUCCCUUUAUUUGGACGUGUAUUUAUAUGGGAGAUAUGUCUUGGAAAGACUCGCUCGACUAGUACUCCUGGAAACUGUAACGCAUUCGUCAUCAUGUAUCUCUUAUCAAUUGCAAUUCCACUAACGUUAUGGUCUUAUAUGUUUUGGAUGCAUUUGGAGUUCAUAAUUCCUAUAUUUGGUCGAACAGGCGGGAACGAUCCUCCAGAAGUAUUGAUAUCACUUUUUGUUACAUUUUUCGUUUUAGUCGUUCUUUCGUACUCGGUAAGUCCACAAUUUUAUAACGGAACUUCAAACGAACAAUAUUUUAUAGGUCUCAGUUAAUUACAUUUUGGCACUGAGUUGAAUUGGUAAUGGCGUAAUUACAACUUCUGUCGAUUUCAUCGAGUCCAAAAAGUUGUUCUCACUAAUUUAACAAUGAUGUGGAUAUACCGUAUAAUUCUAUUUGCUAACUGAUUUGUUUGUGAAAUGAGUUCAUGCACUCAUUUCGCAAACAAAUAUUUCUGCAAACUGCUGCCAUCCAAUAUACGCAGCCCUUGUGAGUGACGUCACAACAUAUCAUGCGUUGUAAUCGUUUGACUUCCACCAUUUUGGAUGACAAAUUUUUUACAGCUAAAUAAAAACGUACUCCGCAUCAAUAGACUUUAUGCAUAAUGACGUCACAAGGCUUGAUGCCCGCGAGGAAUGCUGGUCUUAGUAGUCAUCGCCCGGGAAAAUUAAACAAUUCAAAAUGGCCACUAUCGAAAUUUUCCCGGGCGAUGACUACUAACUACUAAGACCAGCAUUCCUCGCGGGCAUCAAGCCUUAUGACGUCAUUAUGCAUAAGGUCUAUUAAUCGCCCAGUGCCCACCAUCAUUUUCGCCUUUUCUUCGUAAAAAAUUCCCGCGUGUCUACAAGACCUUUUAAAUUACCUAACGGUCAUAUGUUGAUUUUUUUAUCUUGAUAGAUAAGCUUAGUUCACGUUGUUAGUCAUGUAAAGCCAUUGAUAUUACCAUUGACUGGAGUUUGGCUACUUUCUACAAUACUUGUUCUUACCGGAAGUGUAUUUCCUUAUUCAGCAGAACCUUGGUGCCCUAAACGUAUAGUAUUCCAAGUAAGUGAUAAAUAUAGUCAGUGUAUAUGAUUUUUUACAUUUUUGUAAAUCAUGUUCUUGAGCUGUUUUUUCACCUGACAAUGAAGUUUAUAUUGUAAAAUUGUUCACUGUUAUUCAAAAGAAACAUUGAAAAUUUGGCGUUGUAUUUAUUCAUAUGCCGUGAUAUGGAAAAGAAAAAUUUCAAUUAUUUAUCAAACUCUUCGCUUUUAUGGCGAGUGUUUCAAUGCUUCACGUUCAUCUCAUAAACAUAUAGCUUAAUUACAGUUUAAAAAUUCAUUUGGUAUCCUUUCUUAACUGUGUUUUCGCAUGUCACUAGGUUAAAACUGCCUUUGGUAAUUCUUACGGUCAAUCUCGUACCUAUAGAAUUACAGCAUCAAUUUUUCUGAAUGCGCGUCCUACGAAAGCCAAAUUAUAUACAUUACUACACUUAAUUUGCCUCUUUAAGUAUUCCUGUUUCUCUCAAACAGCCCUAAGUAAAAAUAGUCCGCGAAUGCAAAUAAAACACCUCAAAUAACAUCGAGCGAAUUAACUGUUGCCGUAGUCAUGCACCGUGAAAAUGAUGCAAGUCACGUACCAGUUUCAACAACUACGGCAUUGCACAACGCUUAAGAUCAUGUAAUUUACAUUCGCCUUUGUCUUUGGGGAUCAAUGCUAUUGUUGAAUGAUGGCCACGUUGCCGUUGUACUUGCCAAACUCCCUAAUAGGCCUAUGUGCAUGCAGCAACCCCUCACCUAUAUUUUCCAAACAUGGAUUUAACAUGAAGUAUUAGUAAUUGCAUGCCAACAUUGGGCGCAGGCUUGCGUUGCGCGUCAACGAAACACGAUUAUUUUUCAAUUUUUAAAAAUGUUAAUUUUUUUGUAUAAAAUGGCAAAAUACUCUCUCAGUCCAGCUAUCUGCUGUCUCUUUUCGUGACUAUAUCACUCACACUCUCACCUUAACUGUCAAUCAUUGUUACGUCAUGAAAUAAUAAACUAAAGAAAUUUAUCUAUGAUAAUAAUCUUAUCUGUCAGUUCCAGACAAGCAACAAAAUUCAUAAAUAUUAAACAUCCAAAGCAAACAUGUCCUAUUUUUCACAAUUUCGCAUGGUAAAUAGCCGGGUGGAAUUAGUACCCUCGCGCCGGGCUGCUUCGGACCACUGGUGGAAGACAAUAGUCGACUACCAACUUUUUGAAAGAUAUACCAGAUCGUAGUCGUUCUGAACAAUUUAUUUAAACAGUGUUGCAACUUUGCUACACGUUCCUUGUUACAUUUAAUUCUUUCUGUAAUGUUUCUAAGCAAUAUAAUUGCAUUUUUCAGCACAUGUCACGAACAUUCUAUGAUAGAUCCGGUGGAGUAAGCCACAGAGAUGCAGGUUUAUGGGUCGUUCCUUUCGACUACCUUGGCAUAAAUCAUGUCCACCAUUUACCAGAAUUCAAAGACGCUCAAAUUCCUGAUAUGGAUCAAGGAUUAUUUGGUGAUUUUCCAUACUAUAUGCCAGUCAGUUUUAUGUUCGAGUAAGUGUCUGACACCGAUAAGCAAGAUUCGAGAUAUAACUAAUGUAGCUCCACAGGAUUUUGGAGUAUGUCUUGAAUUCUUAAUUUAAUUCAUUGACCACCAGCGUUCUCCUUUUAACGAGUGAAAUCGUCUGGCGUUAGAUAGAGUAAAGUAAAUCAAGUAGGGAGCAUUAGGACGCAUUGCAACUUAAUGAGUUAACUAAGUGCUGAAGCGCACAUUUUGAAUCUAAAGUUAGCCACUUAGGCUAUGUUGGUAACGUGACGGUUGUUCCAUAAAAGCCAAUACAUUUCUUUCAGGAACUUGCAAAACAUAUCUAGUUGUAAACUGAUCGUUGCUAGAUCAAAACUAAAUCGACUGAUCGUUGUAAACUGGUCAUGCAUGUCUAGUUGCUAUGGCUAGCUUUUCCUUUAGGUGGUAUGAUUUCCCAGGAAGACAACUUACAGAUAAGCAAUAUACAGCUAUUUCAAUUAAGGUUGUCCUUCCAAAAGCGUAAAUCUUGAACUCUGAGCGCGCAAGGAAUGCUGGGUUAUUGCUUAUUUAGACACAUAAACUUUGAAAUUUGGCUUUGCAAGAAUACCUAAGACAUAUAGAAGACUUACGACAGAAAACAUACUUCCUGCAAAGGCAAUUCUCUGAGUUUAAGGGCCAAAUAGGUGAAAACCCAUCAUCCCUUGCGCGCUCAGAGUUUAAGGUUUUGGAAGGACAACCUUAAUUAAAUCAGCUGUAUAAUAAAAACUCCAACAAACUAUAAUGAACAUGCACAAACAUACAUUAAAAUAUAUAUAUUUUUAAAUAAAAUUAAAUAAAACGGCUAGAAAAGUUGGAGAGCGAUAGGCCAUGUAAUUGCUGUUUAUUAGCAUAACAUGACCAGUUACUUUGGCUAUUUAAGGGUUUAGAACCCUAACAUGCCUCGUUCUUUCUCUAACAUUUUUCUCUAGUAAGACGUGGUAUAUUCCAGGCCCGGUUCCUGAACUAUCAACUUUAGCAACUUUGAAGUUACUGUCGAAGGAAAGUGGUAAAAGAGGAAGCACUAUGAAGCUAAAGUUCGAGCUAAACGGUAAGUGUGGUUAUAUGAUGUUAAAACUUUGUAUGGUGCAAGCUUUCGCAAGCGAAUUUUCAAUGGCGCACCUGCUCCUUUGGUCAGGCAUUCUGGAAUUCCUCGAUUUCGCGGAAUCGUCCAAAAAUCUUGAAUCAGCUGUAAAUACUGAACAUGGCUUUCGGAAUAGUACAGAAAUCCGAAUAUUCUGCCAUAUGUUAAUAUAUUUUGUACACGUCUCUUUUGUUAAAUUAUUUCAGGUCCAUCGCACAUGUCUUUGUACUUAUCUCCAAAAUCUGGUGUUGAAGUCGUUGACUCAUCUUUGGGUGAGCUGCACGAGAGGUCAUUUUUCCGUGAGACCGCGGAAACUACUACUCCACCCCAAUAUUUUGUGUAUUAUUCUCAUGGAAUAUAUACUGGUCCUUGGUACUUUUGGGUAGAACUUGAGGUAAGUUCUUCUAUGUUGUUGUAUAUUCUGACCUCUUUCCACCGCGCGACAAAACAAAAUUUCUAAAUUAGGGCAAAAUUUCUAAAGAGGGGAGGGGGUAUUCCUAGAAAAUUCGCCCCUCGGAAGUGCGAUAUUCACGGGAAGUUCAACUCCCGGGGGAGCGAAAUUGAUUGGGGGAGCGAAAUUGAUUGGGGGGGGGCGAAUUUCCUGAGACACCGGCUGGUACUCAUGCUAAAACCAUGCAUGGAACCUCUUACCUACAGAGUUCUCGGAAGAAUCUCGCACUUGAUAGAGUUUUCUGCGUAAAUCAAAAUCCUUGCAAUGAAACGAGAUAUUUUACUGUUUGGCACUGUAAACGUGUUGUAGCUGAUAGAAGAUUUGUACCGAGAGUAUCCCAGCCAAAUGAAGAUAUCAUAUUUGUCCGCAUACCCUGGCCUAUAAACUUAUUAAAGUCCUAACCCUUGCCCUUACCCAACCCCUGCCCUGUAUAAAAAUUUUCAGUAUUUUGUAUAAUGAAGUAUUUCGAAGAACCCGGGUUUGAUUCCUGGUGAAAAACACGUUUUCUCCAGAAUCAACCUGAGCAUACACGGUUUCCAUCGUAUUUCCUUUAGCCAGGCCAGAUGCUUUCAAUUGCUUGAGUUGCUUUCGAUUGCUCAAAAAAUUUAGUCAAUCCACCCAAGGGGGGGGGGGGUUAAUAGAGGAGUUACAGUACACAAAAUCAACCCAGCAAAGCUAAAGCACAUCUUUAAUAUUAAUAUUAAACAUCUUUGAUAUUUCCAGUCUCUGAGUACUACAGAUGAUCUCAUUGAUGUUGCAUUAGCUGGUCACUAUAGCCAUGGCAAAGAUUCCAAAUCUACGUUUAUGAAUCAUUUUGUCGAUAAACUUCCGGAUUGGGUCCAUCCAACAGCCUGGGUCAGCUCAUACCAAAAAUGGACAUUUUGAAGAAUGCAUAGGCUUCACGAAUUUGAUGUUGAAAUAUGUUAUAUUGAGGGCAUUGUCCUUUAAAUUAGAAAUUUUAAAGUUAUAUAUAUGCAUAUUAAUUAUAUAUUAGAAAAUGUUAAUCUAUUUCUAUGGGGAAAAUUUGUUCUUAAUAAUUGCGAUUUAGAGCUCUAAAUGUUGUAUUUAUUGGUGAUGGCAGCAGGUCGUCGAGUUUGUAACAACGUAUACACAUAGCAUGCUUAAGAAUAAUUAUAGGUUAUUAUUUAAAAUUGUUAAAAAUUUGCUCAGUAUAAUAAAUGACUUCAUCAAUGCUAAAUUUGCUGAUCAAAAUUUGUAUCAGUUAGAUGGCGGGGUCUCUCCGUUAUAGGAUUAAAUAAACUUGUUGAUGCAAGCUGCGUGUAAGUACUUACUGCGUGUAUGCAGGGCUGUCCAAUAUAGAAGUAGAGGGCACCCAGACCAUAGAGAUUAUAAAAAAAUAGAGUGGGCAUUGGGGGAAAAAUCGAGGGACAAAUUGAAACUUCCUAAACGGGCAAAUAACACUCUUUAAUUGGCUAAAAUCUCGUUGCCCGAAUGUAAAUGCUCAUUCCCGGAUGCAAAGCCGCGAUGUUUAGGAGAAGCGGGAAAAUUCGAAAAUAAGUUCCACGGAUGUUUUUGAUCCGUGCACCACUAUCCUUAGACAAUGUUUUACGCUAUUUGAAUAACGCACUAUGAGGGCGGUUACGGAGGGGGAUACCCACGCAAGACGGAGUGCCAACCGAGAGUGGCACAACCCGAUACUUUCCAGUUUCUAUGGAGAAAUCGAUACUUCCAGUCGAAAUAUAGCUCGAGUAAGGACCAAAAGCCCGAAACGAAUAAGAAUACCUGGGCUUCAAUUCAAAACAUGUUUUGGAUCGGUAGAAUCACAGGGAGCCCAUCCCGGGUCUUAUCGAAGUUAUGUAUUUGAAUUACGUAUGAAAUAUAUAGCUCAGUGUUGAAGCUUGCGAGUUGAAGGCUGUGUGCAGGCUAACGCGCGCGUUGAAUACACUAUAAAAAUAGUGUAUUCAACGCGCGCGAUAGCCCGCACACAGCCCGCAAGUCGCAGGCUUCAACACUGAGAGCUAUAUAUUUCAUACGUAAUUCUAAUACAUAACUUCGAUAAGACCCGGGAUGGGCUCCCUGUGGUAGAAUGUGCCUGGACAGCGGUGUUUACUUCGUGACUUCGCCACGUCCAAAUUUUUAUCAUUUUCUACGAUACGAUCAAUUUUUCACCACAAAAAUUUUCGCCACAGAUAAAUGUAAAACAUUCAGGAAUGUGGAUAAAACCAGGAUUGAAUACUUGUAGCAAAAAGAAUACAAUUGAAUACAAUUGUAGCAAAAGACGAAAAACUAUCUCUUCUUUGGUUUUACAUCCGGCUGUAACUCAAAGUUGCCACAAUCGGCAAGCUACAAUUUGUUCCUUUCGUUUAUGCCUGAACCUUCACCGCAAAUCCGCAAUGCCCACACUAUUCUUUAAUAAUCUCUAUAGUUGUCAAUCCUUAAUUAUAGUUGGAGAAACAAGGCGGCAAUUCCAAACCAGAAAGAAUGAAUAUGAAAGCAAUGUUAGACUGA